GACUCUUCGACUGGCUCAUCGAACACAUGAACGAGCGGCUGCACAUGCCCGACGGGGAGGAGGAAUCGCCCACUCCGCAGCCAAACGGCGCAGGACCAGGCGACCAUCCCGAUGGGCGCGAUCGCCUCAUAGGCAUCCUCGACAUCAGCGGCUUCGAGAGCUUUGCAACAAACUCGCUGGAGCAGUUGCUGAUCAAUCUUA